AUGGCUCCUGACAUCAAUUCGAUGCCUCCUUCUCCCUACUCUCCCACCGGGCCUCGCCCAACUGCUGCGAGCAAGCGGGCUUCAUCUCCCACCUCCAAGCCACCGAAUGUCGUCUUCCUCAUGGCCGACCAGUUGGCCGCCCCGCAGCUCAAGAUGUACAACCCCGAGUCUCAGAUCAAGACACCGCACCUCGAUGCCCUGGCAGCCAAGUCGGUUCAGUUCGACUCGGCCUACUGCCCCUCUCCUCUUUGCGCCCCAUCUCGCAUGAGUCUCAUAUCUGGACAACUGCCCAUGAGCAUUGGCGCUUAUGACAACGCUUCUCAAAUCGGCAGUGACGUGCCUACGUAUGCCCACUACAUGCGCCUCAAGGGCUACCACACGGCCUUGGCGGGCAAGAUGCAUUUCGUGGGAGAUCAGUUGCACGGCUACGAGACCCGUCUCACCAGUGAUAUUUACCCGGGCGACUUCGGCUGGGCCGUCAAUUGGGACGAGCCCGACCGACGACUCGAGUGGUACCACAACGCAAGCUCCAUCCUCCAAGCUGGACCAUGUGUGCGCAGCAACCAAUUGGACUACGACGAGGAGGUUAUGUACAAGUCCACCCAAUUCUUGUACGACCAGGCUCGCGAAGGACCCGAUGCCCGCCCAUUCUGCUUGACGGUACGUCCUAUUGAGGAAAAGCACAUCCAAUCUGCUCAAGACGAUGGGCGCAAGGAGGUUUAUGUUUCCCUCACGCACCCGCACGACCCGUACACCAUCGAAGACAAGUACUGGGACAUGUACGAAGGCGUGGACAUUGCGCUGCCCAAGGUCAAGAUUCCUCGGGAGGAACAGGAUGCGCACAGCAAGAGACUGAUGAAGGUGACGGAUGUCUGGGACCAGGAAUUCAGCGACGACCAGAUCAAGUGCGCACGGCGCGCAUACUACGGCGCCGUCAGCUAUGUCGAUGACUGCAUUGGGCGCAUCCUCGAGACGCUCAAGAAGUGCAAGUUUGACGACAACACCAUCGUCGUAUUCAGCGGAGACCACGGCGACAUGCUCGGAGAACGUGGACUCUGGUACAAGAUGAGCUACUUCGAGUCUUCAGUCCGCGUGCCUCUGCUGGUGUCAGACCCUCGCCGAUUCACUCCCCACCGCGUCAAGCAGAACGUCUCUACCCUGGAUCUUCUCCCGACGCUGUGCGACCUGAUUGGUACCAAGCCCGCACCCGGCCUGCCAAUGGAUGGCAUCUCGCUCCUCCCCCACCUCCAGGGAAGGCCAGGACACGACACGGUGAUUGCCGAGUACACAGGCGAGGGAACUAUCAGCCCUCUGAUGAUGAUCCGACGUGGCCCUUGGAAAUACAUUACCUGCCCGACCGACGAACCACAGCUGUUCAACCUCGAGAGCGACCCGCUGGAGCUGGUCAACCUGGCCAGGCUGGUACAAAAGAAGGAGGUCCUCACGGCGGAGGAAGAGGAGGUCAAGCUCAAGUUCGAGAAGUUCGAGGCCGAAGCCAAGGCCAGGUGGGACUUUGACGCCAUCACGCGGGCUGUCUUUUUGUCCCAGAGAACUCGACGAGUCUGCUGGGGCGCCUUGAAGGAGGGCACGUUCGAGCCUUGGGAUUUCAACCCCAGUGACAACGGAACGAACAAGUACAUUCGUUCCUUUUUGCCUCUUGACGACCUUGAACGCCGAGCCCGCUACCCGCCCGUGGACAAGUACGGCAAGGAGACCAGAGAGAUCACUGUGGACCAAGCUGGGUCGCACGGCGAGUAA